AUGAGUUCUCGGAAAUGGCUUCCUAAUUUCGUGUUCGUAAUCUGUCUGAUAAACCUUUUUGUUACUGUCAAAUCCGAGUUCCCAACAACAAUUCAUUUCCAUUAUAAAUGUCUAGAUAACGGUAAUUACACAAGUAAUAGCACGUACAAGACAAACCUUGAUACCCUCCUCUCUACUGUCUCGCCUAAUAUUGACAACAAUGGAUUCUACAAUGCUUCAACAGGAGAAAAUUCCGAUAGAGUCAAUGUCAUUGCGCUCUGUAGAGCAGAUCUUCAGCCUCAUCAAUGUCGUGAUUAUGUCAAAAAUGCUACGGCUGAAAUCUUAAAAAAGUGUCCGAAUCAAAAACAGGUAAUUUUGUGGCACGAAUUUUGCAUGGUACGAUACUCCAACGAGACUAUCUUCGGAACUCUUGCGUAUUCUCCUUUAGACUGGGGUUAUAGUCGCGGAAAAGUCACAAAUCUAGACAAGUUUUACCAGGAGCUUAACAUACUGUUGGAUAGUCUUCGAAACCAGACUGCCUAUAAUAGCUACCCCAGGAAAUUUGCUGCAGCUAGUCGAGUUAACCGGAAUUAUGAGACAACUUAUGCAUUUGAGCAGUGCACACCUGAUAUAACACCAAAGGAAUGUGACGACUGCUUAAAAAAGUCUGUUUUACUCAUUCGAGAAUGUUGUGAUGAGGCAGGUGGUGUUAGAAUCCUUAGGCCCAGUUGCUAUCUUCGCUUUAAAACUGAUUUUUCCUUCUACAAUGAGACUAUGGUUGAAAUACUCCAAACACCAGCAUCGCCGCCGCCGUCGCCACCACCACCACCACCAGGAAAGAAGGAUAAUACAACUCGAACUGUCAUCAUUGUUAUCGUUCCCAGUGUUGUUUGUACUCUAAUGCUUGCUUUUUGCAUUGGCAUCAUCCUAAGAACCAAAAAAAUGCGUAAGCCAUUGGAGAAAAUUGAAACUGACAAUGAGACUAGUACUAUUGAAUCCCUACAAUAUGACUUUAGUACAAUAAGAACUGCAACGGAAAAUUUCUCUGAUGCUAACAAGUUGGGACGAGGUGGAUUUGGUGUUGUUUACAAGGGAAAAAUGCCAAAAGGAAUUGAAAUCGCAGUGAAAAGAUUGUCCAGGGAUCUAGGACAAGGCGACUUGGAAUUUAAGAACGAGAAUGGGAGUCUUGACCGCUUCAUAUUCGAUCCCAACAUGCAUCCAUAUUUGGAUUGGGAAAAGCGUUAUAUAAUCAUAGGAGAAGAAACUCAACACAGCACUAGCAGAAUCGUAGGAACAUAUGGAUAUAUGGCACCUGAGUACGUAAUACAUGGACAAUUCUCUGUUAAAUCAGAUGUCUUCAGCUUUGGCGUCCUAGUUCUUGAAAUCAUAUGUGGUCAGAAAACCAAUAACUUCAGAAACAGAGAGAGUAUGGAUGAUCUCCUAAGUUGUGUUUGGAAAAAUUGGCAUGAAGGAACAGCUGCAAAUAUGAUAGACCCUGUGUUGAGAGCUUCUUUAAGUUCGUUACGUGAUAUUUUGCGAUGCAUCCACAUUGGCUUGCUUUGUGUUCAAGAGAAUGCUGCCAAUCGACCUACAAUGGCAUCGGUGGUUCUUAUGCUCUCCAGCUCCACCUUAACUUUGCCAGUACCUCUACAACCUGCAUUUUUCGUGUCUGGUAGCUUUGAUCAGGAAAGUUCACUUCCUCGUGAGAACGAUUCAUCCAAAGAUCAAUCAAAUAAUGAUGCUCUUUUAUCAACAAAUGAUGUUUCGAUGACUUUGGUUAGAUCCCAGAGUCACUGGUGUCUAAACAAUGGUAAUUUCACAAGUAAUAGCAUGUACAAGACAAAUCUCGAUACCCUCCUCUCCUCUAUCUCUUCUAAUAUUGAUGGCAAUGGAUUUUACAAUGCCUCGAAUGGAGAAAAUUCCGAUAGAGUAAAUGCAAUGGCACUCUGUCGAGGAGACCUUCAGCUUGACACAUGUCGUAGUUGUAUAAAUAAUGCUACGGACGCCCUCUUAUUGUUGUGUCCUCAUAGUAAAGAGGCGAUCUUUUGGGCUGAGAGUGGUCAAUGCAUGCUACGCUACUCCAGUGAGUCAAUAUUUGGAAAACUUGCAACCGAACCCCUCUACGCGUGGUUUCUAACAGCCGAAUCCACAAGUCCGGAAGAGUUCAACAGGGAUUUGAGAAUGUUGUUGGAUAAUCUCCGCAGCCAGGCUGCUUAUGGUGGCGCUCUCAAGAAGUUUGCUGCUGCCAACGCGACUGGACCCGAUCUUUUGACAAUUUAUGGACUAGCACAGUGCACUCCUGAUUUGAACUCAGAUGAUUGUAGUGAUUGCUUAAUCCAUCUUGUCGAAUUCAUACCACAAUGCUGUAAUGGAAAACUAGGAUUCGCUGCACAUAGCCCCAGCUGCCUUCUUCGCUACGAAAUCUACUCGUUCUAUGAUGAUACUCCUCAGCCGGCACCACCACCACCACCACUGUCAGUACCAAUACCGGCGCCACCAGGAAAGGAUGAUAAUACAACUCAAACUAUCAUUAUUAUUAUUGUUCCAAUUAUUGUGGGUCUAAUAAUUGCUCUUUGCAUUGGUAUCUUCCUAAGAUUUAGACGAAGACAUAAACCGAUGGAACAACUUGAAACUCAAAAUGAAAUUAGUACUGUUGAAUCGCUGUACUAUAACUUUGGUACAAUUAGAGCCGCAACAGACAAUUUCUCUGAUGCUAACAUGCUCAGGCAAGGUGGAUCUGGCAUUGUUUACAAGGGAAAACUUCCAAGUGGGCAACAAAUAGCUGUGAAAAGGCUGUCCAUGAUUUCGGGAGGAUAUAUGGCACCUGAGUAUACAUUUCACAGACAUUUUUCAAAUAAACCAGGGGUCUUUCGCUUUGGCAUCCUAGUUCUGGAAAUCGUAAGUGGUCAAAAAACUAGUAGUUUCGGAAAUGGGGAGAAUGUGGAGGACCUCCUAAGUCGUGCUUGGAAAAAUUGGCACAAAGGAACAUCAGAAAGUAUAAUUGAUCCCACAUUGAUGACUUCAUCAAGAUCCUUGCGUGACAUUAUGCGAUGUAUUCAUAUUGGUUUGUUAUGUGUUCAAGAAGAUGCAACUGUGAGACCUACAAUGGCGUCAAUAGUUCUUAUGCUCAACAACUCCUCUAUGACUCUGCCAAUACCUUCACAGUCUGCAUUUUUUGUGUCUACUAGCUUUGAUCCAGAAAUUUCACUUCUUCGAUAA